AUGCCGCCAAAAAUACUGCGCACCCCUGCGAAAAAGGAAGAGGUGGACGAUGGCGAAGAUCUGGAGACCCUGGUCUACCUGCGGGACGAGAAACUCCUGAAACUCGUACGCCUAAAGGAGAAGCUGGCUGGGCUCGGGUUGCACGAACGGACCGCGACCCAGAUCAACGUGAACCGGAGAGUGCUCGAUGCCUCCAACGCCGAGUUCAAUUCUCUCCACGAGCGCAUCGUCCGCCUGGACGCCAAGAAGCGGAAGGAGCACGGCGAUAAGCUGGUGGAAUUCGAAACGUUGUUCAUCGAGAUUGACACAAUGCUAGAAGGAUGGAAGCAAACCCUGGAAAUCCUGGCUGGUCCAUCAACCGCCCCUGUACCUGCUGCCCAACGACCUGUUGUCAUCCAGCAGUCCCUUCCGCGGCUCGUACCCACGUUCGACGGAAAGUACGAGAACUGGAAGCGGUUCAAGACGAUGUUCCGUGACGUCGUAGACCGGUCGAACGAAACUCCCAGGAUGAAGCUGUAUCGCCUGGAGGAAGCCCUCAUUGGUGAGGCAAAAGGGACGCUGGACGAGAAGACAAUCGAGGACGGCAACUACGACGGCGCGUGGGAGUUGCUGGAGGAGCGAUAUGAAGACAACCGGAGAAUGGUGGACAUCCAUAUCGGUGGACUGCUGAAGGUCCAGAAGCUACACAAGGAGAGCCACGCGGAACUACGAGCGCUGGUGGAGACCGUGGUCGGCCACGUAGAAAACCUCAAAUACCUGAGGCAGGAGUUCACUGGUGUGUCGACACAGUUCGUUGUGUACCUGCUGGCCCAUGCCCUGGACAGCGAUACUAAAAAACUGUGGGAGGCCACGGUGAAGAAGGGCGAGCUGCCGAACUACGAAGAAACCAUCAAGUUCCUGAAGAACCGCGUCUCCGUCCUGGAGAGAUGCGACGAGACCAGUGAACCUGCAGCGAAGCAGCGAGACCGAAACAACCCGAGGCCAACCAACAAACCGUCCUACCAGAAGGCCAACGCUGCGACCACGUCGUCGAACCCGGAGAUCCGCUGCGAGAUGUGUGGGGACUCCCACCUCACCUUCAAGUGCGGCACCCUCGCUGGCCUCACGGUGGCCCAACGCAGCGAAAAGGUAAGAAGCAAGAACCUGUGUCUCAACUGCCUCCGCAAGGGCCACAGCUGGAAGAAGUGUACGUCCAGGUAUUCCUGUGGAAAGUGCCGCCAACGUCACCACACACUGCUGCACGACGACUCGGAACAAAAAUUCGUGCAGAAACCCGUCAACCCGCAGAACGUUGCACCAGUAGCCAACCAGCCGCCAGUGUCCCAAGCCACUGGCCAAGAACCACCACAGUCUACUUCGGCAACCUGCAACCACACCCAGACGGUGAAGACCGUCAUGCUUCUGACAGCGCUCGUCCACCUGCUGGACGACAAGGACCGACCUGUGCCAUGCCGACUGCUGCUCGACAACGGAUCGCAGGUCAAUUUUAUUACGGAACAAUUGGCAAAACGGUUGAACACACGUCGAGUAGCUGCAAACGUUCCCAUCUGCGGAAUCGGUGCAGUGAAGACAUACGCCCGAGAGUCGAUGACGGUCCAGCUCCGAUCCCGGUACAACAGCUUCACGGUGGAAGUGGAGUGUCUCAUCGUCCCCAAGCUGGCCGACCCGAACUUCCACACACCGGACCGGAUCGACAUGCUGCUCGGCGUCUCGAUGUUCUUCAAGCUGUUGAAAUCGGGACAACUAGAGUUGGCGAAGAACCUUCCAGAGCUCCGCGAGACCUACCUGGGCUGGGUCGUCGCGGGUGAUGUCGGCGACACCGUUCCUGACGCGCAGUUCAGUCACACUGCAACGCUCGAUGACGUGAGCGAAGCCAUCGAGAGAUUCUGGCGGGUCGAGGACAUCGACAGCGCCACACAAGUCAGCACAGAACAGGACGAGUGCGAGUGCGAGGCAUUCUUCCGUGCGACACACAAGCGGGACCCUACCGGCCGGUACGAGGUUCGCUUGCCAUUCCGCCCCGUCGUCGGCAACCUCGACAACAACCGCAGCCUGGCUCUUCGGCGAUUCUUGUCGUUGGAGAAGCGGCUCUACCGGGACCCGGACCUGAAACGGCAAUACGGUGAGUUUAUUUCCGAGUACGAAUCCCUGGGGCAUUGCAAGUCGGUUGAAGAGGCCGACGACUCACCUGGCCAAGGUCGUUACUACAUGCCGCACCAUGCCAUCCUUCGCCCUUCGAGUUCCACAACCAAGCUGCGGGUAGUUUUCGACGCUUCGGCAAAACUCUCCCCUUCGAGUGUCUCCCUCAACGAAGCCUUGCAGAUCGGGGGAACCGUCCAAAACGACCUUUUCUCGAUUCUGCUCGCAUUCCGCAAGCACCCGGUCGCCUUCACCGCAGAUUUGUCGAAGAUGUACCGCCAGAUCCGGGUGGCCCCUGCGGACACUCCCUUCCAACGAAUCUUCUGGCGGAACGAACCGGCCGACUUUAUCCGCGUGCUCGAGCUCACAACCGUGACGUACGGGACGGCAUCUGCACCUUUCCUCGCGACCCGCUGCUUGGUUCAACUCUGCGAAGAUGAAGGAGAGAAAUUUCCGCUGGCUGCCAAAAUCGUUCGCGACGCUUGCUAUGUCGAUGACAUUCUUUCUGGGGCAGACUCACCUGACGAAGCGAUCGAGUGUUUGAAGCAACUCCAAGGCCUGCUCAGCCGUGGUGGGUUUCCGAUCCACAAAUGGAGUUCGAACGAGUCGGCGGUCAUGGAUCAGAUUCCGGAGGGUGAGCGGGAGAAACUCAUCGAUCUGGACGGACUGACCGGUGGCGUGGUCAAGGCUCUGGGGCUCUACAGGAGUCCAGGGGAUGACGAGUUCCGGUUCACUGCCAACCAAGCCGACGCUGACGCCGAUGCCACCAAGCGGCGUGUGCUGUCGGAGAUCGGCAAGUUCUUCGACGUGCUGGGCUUGCUUUCACCGGUCAUCAUCAAGGCCAAGAUCCUGAUGCAGCGAGUUUGGCUCGCUGGCCUGUCGUGGGAUGUGCUGCUGGAAGGAGGGUUGGCAAGUACUUGGGAACAAUUUCAAAUCGCACUUCCCUUCGUGCGAGACAUCCGGAUUCCCCGUUACGUAAUCGGCCCUGGAAACAUUGCCCUUGAACUCCACGGAUACAGCGACGCCUCCGAGGUCGCAUACGGCGCAGUGAUUUACGUGCGCAGCCUGUUCCCGAGCGGAAAGUCCCCCCAGAUGCGGCUACUCUGCAGCAAGUCCAAGGUAGCACCAACGAAGCAGCUCGACAUCCACCGACUCGAGCUCCUCGGGUGCAGAUUGCUGUCCAAGCUGGUGGUCAAGGUCCUCGCAGCGUUGAAACUGCCGUUCCGGAACGUCGUUCUGUGGAGCCACAGCCAAGUGGUUUUGGCGUGGCUCAAGAAACCCUUAGACCAGCUUCAAUCGUUCGUCCGCAACCGUGUCGCCGAGAUACGAAACGAAACCAGCAACUUCAUCUGGCUUUACGUGCGAACCAAGGACAACCCUGCCGACUUGGUGUCACGUGGUAUGUUUCCCGCCGAACUGAUGGUGUGCGAGAAGUGGUGGAAAGGACCGGCGUACAUGCAGUCCGAGGAGUACCGGGUGGAACCUGUGGAAGAUUUGCCGGACUGUGAGAUCCCCGAGUUGCGGAAGGUGAAGAUGGUGACGAUGCUUACCUGCAAUUCCGUCGAGUUUCCGAUCUUCGAAACGUGCAGCUCAUACCGUAAGCUGCAAAGGGUGAUGGCGUACGUGCUGCGCUUCACGGCCAACUGCAGAAAGAAGAAUCCGGCGGAACGAGUUCGCCAGCGCUACCUGACCAUCCCGGAGUUGCGGGCGGCGCAGGACGUGAUUGUGUUGGUGAUCCAGCACGAUGCACUGUCCAAGGAAAUCCAGCAAGUUGCCGAGAACGAUACCGCUGGACGAUUCAAGGUUUGA